ACACAACGCCGUAAAUUUACAAAAGCGGCUUUUUUUACAAAAAAAUAUAAUUAAAUUAGUUUUUUAAACAAAAAUAAUAUAUAAAAAGAAAAAUAGAAUAAGUUUACUAUAGAAAUUUAUCAAAAAUAUAACACAAAUUAUAAAACUAUAGUAAAAAUCCUUUAAAGAAAUAACAGCCAACAUGUCAGUAAGAGAUCAAAUAAAAAUUGAUAUUGAAUGGGGUCAUGAACGUUUGGUGCGCGCCCAGCAGGUGGUGGAAAUGCGUCCUUAUGAUAUAGAAUCUUGGUCGACUUUGUUGCGUGAGGCUCAGACACGACCGGUCAAUGAGGUGCGCACUUUAUAUGAAUCUUUGGUUAAUGUAUUUCCCACCACUGCACGUUAUUGGAAGAUUUACAUAGAGCAAGAAAUGAAAGGACGCAAUUUUGAGAAAGUGGAAAAGUUGUUUCAGCGUUCUUUGGUGAAGAUUUUAAAUAUAGAUUUAUGGAAAUUAUACUUGACCUAUGUUAAGGAAACUAAGGCGGGUUUAAGUACGCACAAAGAAAAACUGGCUCAGGCUUAUGAUUUUGCUUUGGAAAAAAUUGGAAUGGAUUUACAUUCUUUUUCGAUAUGGCAGGAUUAUAUUUCAUUUUUGCGCAGUGUAGAGGCAGUGGGCAGUUAUGCGGAAAAUCAAAAAAUCACUGCUGUACGCAGAGUCUAUCAAAAAGCGGUUAUUACUCCCAUUGUAGGCAUAGAAAUAUUAUGGAAAGAUUAUAUAGCCUUUGAGCAUAACAUUAAUCCCAUUAUAUCAGAGAAAAUGAGCUUGGAAAGAUCAAAGGAUUACAUGAAUGCACGAAGAGUGGCCAAGGAAUUGGAGAAUAUUACCAAGGGUUUGAAUCGUAAUUUACCCGCUAUACCACCCACUUUAGCCAAAGAGGAAGUUAAACAGGUUGAAUUAUGGAAAAAAUUUAUUGCUUUUGAAAAAUCCAAUCCACUAAGAACCGAGGAUACUGCCCUCAUUACAAGACGUGUUAUGUUUGCCACUGAACAAUGUUUGCUAGUGUUAACACACCAUCCGGCUGUUUGGCAUCAAGCAGCACAAUUUUUAGAUCAAAGUUCUAAAGCUUUGGCAGAUAAAGGCGUGCGUAUAGUGUUUUUCUAUUAUAAAAUUUCUCCAUUUCAGUAUUUACACAAUGAAGAUACCCAAGCGGCUAAAAUCUUUGGCGAUGAAUGUGCCAAUAUCUUGGAACGUUCAAUUAAUGGUGUUUUAAAUAAGAAUUCUUUGUUGUAUUUUGCUUAUGCUGAUUUUGAGGAAGGACGCAUGAAAUAUGAUAAAGUACAUGCUAUGUAUAAUAAGUUUUUAUCCAUACCGGAUAUAGAUCCAACAUUGGCCUACGUCCAAUAUAUGAAAUUUGCCCGCCGUGCUGAAGGCAUCAAAUCUGCCCGUGCUAUUUUCAAAAAGGCCCGUGAGGACAUACGUUCUCGUUAUCAUGUCUUUGUGGCGGCUGCCCUUAUGGAAUACUACUGUUCGAAAGAUAAAGAUAUUGCCUUUCGUAUAUUCGAAUUGGGUUUAAAACGUUUUGGUGGUAGCCCGGAAUAUGUCAUGUGUUAUAUAGACUAUUUAUCGCAUCUGAAUGAAGAUAACAAUACCAGAGUGUUGUUUGAACGGGUCUUAUCAUCGGGUGGUCUAACGCCACAAUUGAGUGUUAAUGUUUGGAAUAGAUUUUUGGAAUUUGAAUCGAAUAUUGGUGACCUAUCGAGUAUUGUAAAGGUGGAGAGACGAAGAAGUGCUGUAUUGGAAAAUCUUAAAGAAUAUGAGGGUAAGGAAACUGCACAAUUGGUGGAUCGUUAUAAGUUUUUGGAUUUAUAUCCCUGUACAACAGUGGAAUUAAGAUCUAUAGGUUAUACAGAGAACGUGGGUAUUACCACCAAUAAACUGGCUGCGGGUCCCGGUAAUGCAGCAGCGGCUGCCAUUAAAGAAGAACCAGAAUCUGAACCGGCUGUGCAACUGCCAAAGCCAGAUUUUGGCCAAUACAUACCUUUCAAGCCCAAGGCAAAUGCAUAUCCUGGCGCACAUCCCCUGGCGGGUGGCACUUUUCCCCAACCACCUGCCUUGGCGGCUUUGUGUGCUUCUUUGCCACCUCCUUUGUGCUUUAGAGGGCCAUUUGUUUCCAUUGAAAUGUUGUUCGACAUAUUUAAUCGCAUUAAAUUAACAGAUGCUGCUCCCUUACCCUCCGGCGAUCCUGGUUGCGAUAUUAAAAUCUUUGAUUUAGCCAAAUCUGUUCACUGGAUCGUUGACGAAAGCUCUUUAACGGGUGACACUUCAGGCGGAUCGGGAGUUAAACGUCGACGCAUGCUGCCCGGCGGUGAUGACAGUGAUGAAGAAACACCCACUCCUGCACCACCAGCAAAUGAUAUCUAUCGUCUGAGACAACAAAAACGUUUUUCCAAAUGAAAUUAGGUCUUUUUUUAAAGUGUUUUUCGAACAUUUUUAAUGGAUUUUUUUGUUUAAGAACAUUAAUUAAGAAUAUUUUUUAAAAAAAUGUUUACCUUUAACUAUAACACUAAACGCAAAAAUGGUAAAAAUAAGUAUUUUUAAACAAUAAA